AUGGUCGACGCAGUGUACUCCACUCCCGAGUGGUAUUUGAAGGCCCAAGACAAAGAUGUGAGCAGUGAUAUAGGCCGAUUGACCAUCCAUCACCUCGGCUUCAAACAGGCGGCAGAGGGUACCCUGGUCUUUGCACCACUUGACUUUACCAGCGCCCCUCGAGCAAUUCUUGAUGUCGGAGUUGCAGAUGGUUUGUGGAUGCGCGAUGUUCAAUCAUCCAUUCCUGAGGCUGUCCGGGGUGACCAUACGUUUCUCGGUACUGAUAUCAACACUUCUUUCUUCCCCACUACCGCCACGAAGGGCAUCACGUACGUGAAACAAGACAUCAAGGACCCACCACCUCAGAUAUGGCACGAGUCCUUCGACCUCAUCAACCUACGCAUGAUACUCAUAGCAGCUGGUUCAGGUGACGCCCAGCGACAUGUAGUCAACCAGCACAUUCAACUUCUCAAACCUGGUGGCUGGAUCCAAAUUGGUGACUGCGAUCGAGUCUGUCCUACCUCUAGCGAAGAAAACCCGCGUUAUAACGACAUGUUUGCUUGCAUUCGCGCAGUUUGUCAAGCGUCUGGACUGGAUCCUCUCGAGGCCCCAAAAAUGAAAUCUUGGCUUGUGGACGCUGGGCUGGAGGACGUCCAGGAGAGAAAGGCGUUGCGUGCUGUUGGGAAGCGAAACAAGGAUCAAGAGCUAGGAAGUUUGGGAAUAAAGGCAGAUUUGGUCAUCGCGAAGGGCUUUGCAGCUGGUGCCAAAGGUGAGUUUGAUAGUGAAUUGAAGAAAAGUUCCAUACUGACCUGGCUUAGCCUUGGACCCAUCUCUCAAACCAUUGAUGGAUGA